AAUGAAUCAGCCUCGCUCUCUCUCUCUCUCUCUCUGACUCUCCCCUUGUACAACUGGCCUGGGAAAAGCCCGCCGCUUCUUCCAUCCUCUCCUCCUCUUUUCUCUCUUUCAGUUUCGCUGUUCUCUCAUCAAAGCUAACGCUUUUUUGUUACAUAUUUUUUUGGCUUGGUCUUUUACACGAUACGAGAUUCUUAUUCUUCUUCUCCUUCACUGGCUUGUUGGAAUAUACACACAUCCUUCUUUCAUUGAUUGAUUCUCUCGCCGCAUCCAUUUGUCUAUAGAAUCAAAUACUGGUAUACACUUUAUAUAUAAAAGCCAACCAAGAAAGUGUGUUCUGUUUAAAAUUUAGAAUAAGAAUUAUGAGAGCGAGAUUGGUUGUGUUUCCUGUGAGAGGAAGGAAUUGGUGUUUUAGCAGAUCCAUCGACCCUUCCAUUGCUGAGGAUGCCUCAGCCUACACCCCCUCUUCUCUCAAGGAACUCUGGAAGAAGAUCUCAUCCUCCAACUCCAAUGCCCACAAUGCUGAGCUUCUCAUCGAUUUUGUCUCCAACAAGAUGAAUAGAGCAUGGAUGGGUCUAGAGAAGGCGCCAGAGGGCUCUUUGAAGAAUAAGAUUCAUGGGUUGGGAUUGAAGCUUUUGGCACGGGUUAAGCCAUCUGAGAUUUUCUUAAAAUCUAUAUCUAAGGAGGUCACUGAUGUUGAAAUUACAUACCCCUCCAGUUUAAAUCCACGACUUGUACGGCGAAGAUUACGACAUAUUGCCAUGAGGGGAGCUGCCAGCCACAAGGGAUAUUUCUAUGGUUCAGUUUCCUUACUUCCAUUGACAAGUGCAUUUACUGUUUUACCUCUGCCCAAUAUACCAUUCUUUUGGGUUUUAUUUCGCACUUAUUCUCAUUGGCGAGCUCUCCAGGGGAGUGAGAAGCUGCUUCAGCUUGUGUCUGAUUGUCCUCAUGCUGAGAAUUUAGACAUUCCAAAUAUGAAGGAAAGUGAAAGUGAAAUUGAAACUGGUGACUCCAAGCAUGAAGUCCACAAGACACGAGGUUCUAAAUGGGUGCUGCAGCCAUCAAAGGAGCUCGAGGAACUUCUUCACAACGGAGAUGAAAAUGAUGGCCUCAGUAAAUGUGCUAUUUCAAAAAUCUGCAAGACCUUCAAUUUGAACAAGAUUGAUAUUAUUAAGUUUAAGCAUAAAAUGUAGUUUACUGUUGCUUUGUACAUUUUCCCAUUUGGAAUGUAAUAUAGGUUGGUGACAUUCUAAUGGAUAAAAGCAUCCAUUCCAUUUUUUCCCAAGUUGUUGCAGAACUAUUCCCUAUAAGGUCACAUUGGAAGAAAUUUUUGAAUAAAAAAAAUUAACCAAUA